GUUAUUUUCGUGUGCGCCGAUAAAUCGGAUUGUGGUGAAAUAUCCGUCUCGAAACGUGAGUUUUAUUAUAUAAACAAACGUUGGGCGUUCAGUGACAGCCACAUACUGUUGAUACCCCCCAGUUGUUGACCACAAACCGCUUGAAGAAUGGGCAACAGCGCGUCCCAGGGAGUCGCAGCUCCCAGUGUUUCGGCCGCCCAGCCGGUGGCCACCGCCUCCUCCGCCGCCGCGGGAACCGCCUCCUCCGAGAAGCCCAAGUGCAAGGCCUGUUGCGCCUGUCCGGAGACCAAGAGGGCACGUGACGCCUGCAUUGUGGAGAACGGCGAGGAGAACUGCUCGGCGCUCAUCGAGGCGCACAAGAAGUGCAUGCGCGAUGCCGGCUUCAAUAUCUAGAAUCUGGAUAUCUGGAUAUCCAGAUACUCUGGAUCGGAGGGCCAUGGUGUCCUUUCAACUAGUCCUGCAGACCCCCAGUUCAUCACCCGGACACCCUGAUCCUUCCACUGUUUGUUUUUGUUGCAUCUCAAGCUAAUUAUAGAACUAAAUUAACUGAAAGCCAAA